AUGACAGACCAAGCAGACCCAGAGUUCCUCGCGCUCCCGCAGCGUCAGCGAGCGCGUAUAGAUCGCGCGUUCGACCGGGGCUUACCAAAACUUCGGUCCAGCGGGCGGAAACGGCGGAAGCUCACGCACGAUGCGGAAGGCCAAUCGACCGGGGCCGCCGGAGCGAUGGACGUGGACGGCGGCGGUGGCUUCAUGCCUGACUAUGAAGGAGAAGGAGGGUUUAUGGAUGCAGAUGGGGCAGGGGCCGGUGGAGGAUUUAUGCCUGAUGAUGAUGAGGGAGGAGGGGGAGGGGGAUUCACGGUGGAUGAAGGGGACGAGGAGGGAGGGUUCAUGCCGGACGAGGAUGGGGCCAGUGCCGCAUCACCGCCACCUCGCGAAGAACCAGCUCCACCCGUACCAAAGCGGUCAAUCACUUCGUCGGACGGUCCAGUCCGCAGCGGCAAGGUUAGCCUAUCGGACAUACCUCGUCUACUCGCCUUCCUCAAUCUACCAGCGGACGAGGACGUCUUGAAUGUCUUUAAAGCCUCAGCAACCGGUUGGACUACGGACGGCGAGGAUGACGGAGGCGGACGAAGGGGAAGAGGAAGGGGAGAUGACGGGGAGGAGAAGCUAGGCGUGGAGCGCAAAGACUUUCGGGCUGUCUGCGCGGCGAUCAUGGAUGGAGGGGACGAGGGGGAUGACACGAUGGACAUCGAUCAGGUGGAAGUCGGCGGGGAUAGCGAUAGCAGCGACGGAGAAGACGCUUUCGAGCUGGACGAGGGGUCAGAGUUGUCCUCGCUCUCCAGCGACUCGGAGUACGGCGCGUCAAAGAAGAGGACAAGGGCGGCCACGUCCCGCACCACGGCCUCAGCCAAGGGGAAGGGCAAGGCGAGGGAUACAGGCGAUGAUUCUGCCCCUCCUGCACCGGCAAAGACGAGGCGAAAGAAGGGCGCCAACCUGAUGGAGCAGGCCGGGCCGCUCAAGCUCGUGGGGCGGCAGCGGGAGGUGGCGCGGGAGCUCUGGGAUAUGAUGAAGCGGACCAACGGAGAGGAGGCGGUCAAGAAACCCAAGAAGGGGGAGGGGAGCGCACAUAUCCUCGGACGGGAGGAGAUCAAGAUGUGGGUGCGGGAGAUGGGAGAGAUGUGGACUGAGGAUGAGAUCACCGAUAUGGUCACCCUCUUUUCGAGCCAGCAUGAGGGACGCGGACUCUCCUUCGACGACUUUGGGCAGAUCAUGCUCCGCGCUCGGGUGGUCUGA